AUGGCUUGCGCUAACUUCGCUUCUACUGCCUGCUCUGCUGGUAACCGUGGGCAACUCGUCGACGCCGUAUCUCAGUGGCAAUGUUGCAACUGCAACCACGGCUGGCAGAAUCUCGAGCUUGACGCUUCUUGCCCUGCUUGUCAGGUCCCUCGCUGCGGGCGCUGUAUCUACUGUUAA